CCGAAUCGGCAAUAGAAACAUUUCAAGACUCAAAUAUGAAACAAGUCCUGCUGCUAGCACUGGUGGCGACUCUGGCCCUGGCCCUGGUCUAUGGUCAUCCGUUGGAAGACCCGGAGCAGCGUCUCACACUGGAGGACGCCGAUGCCCAGCCCGUGAACGAUGAGGGAGCCGGCGUUCGGGCCGCCCGUCACUUUGGAGGAGGCUUCGGUGGAUUCGGUGGCCGUGGAGGUGGCGGCUUUUGCUGCGGCGGCGGAGGUGGUGGCUACCGCAGAGGCGGCUUUGGAGGCGGUGGCUACCCCGGCGGUGGUUUCGGAGGUGGCUACCCAGGUGGCGGUGGUGGUUAUGGUGGUGGCAGUGCAUCUGCCUCUGCUUCAGCCUCUGCUAGCUCCAACUACUAUGGCUAAUAAUUUCUUCAUUUUGUGUACGAAUAACGCCAAAAAUAGACGAAAACAACAACA